AAACGUAAAUACUCCACUUAUUGCUGUUUUUGUCUCUUGUAGUUCAUCUUCUGAUCUCCCUUUUUUUGUUUCUAUGAUGACCCUUUUCAUUUGGGUCUUUUCUGUAUUUCAUUUUUGAAGUUUUGUUUCUGUAAAUUACUUCUCUUACACGAGAUAGGAGCUUUGAUUACAUAAUUUGUAGAAGGAAGACGGUUCAUCUGGUUUCUGGGGUGGUUUGUAAGUAGCUUUAGAACUGGCUAAGAUGAGCCUAGAUGCCGCUGAGGAUGAAUCCACCUCUGAAAUUCAUAUUCCAGCAGAGAUUGAUUGGGAUAUGUUAGACAAAUCCAAAUUCUUUUUUCUGGGUGCUGCUUUAUUUUCAGGUGUAUCAACCGCCCUUUAUCCUAUUGUUGUUUUGAAAACUCGACUUCAGGUUUCUUCUACCAAGUUAUCCUGCUUUAAAAUGUCAUAUUCUAUCAUGCGCCAUGAAGGCUUAAGAGGAUUUUACAGAGGGUUUGGAACCUCUUUAAUGGGAACUAUCCCAGCUCGAGCCUUUUACAUGGCAGCUCUUGAAGUUACCAAGAGUGGUGUUGGAAGUGCAACUAUUAGGCUAGGUCUUUCAGACACCACAGCCAUGGCUAUAGCUAAUGCAGCUGCAGGGUUGAGCUCUGCCAUGGCUGCUCAAUUGGUCUGGACUCCAGUAGAUGUUGUAAGCCAACGACUAAUGGUUCAGGGCAGCUGUAUCAAUGCUAAGAACAGUGUUUCUAAUCUUAAUUCUUGCGUUUAUAAAAACGGUAUCGACGCGUUUAGAAAGAUCAUUUAUGCUGAUGGCUUGCGAGGAUUAUAUAGGGGAUUUGGGAUUUCAAUAUUGACAUAUGCUCCAUCAAAUGCAGUUUGGUGGGCUUCUUACUCUGUAGCUCAUAGAUUCAUUUGGAGUGGUCUAAGCUACUACACAAGUAAGAAGGAUGAGAGUUGUAUAAGUGGCUAUGGUUUUAAAGCAGAUUCUAAGGCAACAGUGGCAGUUCAAGGGUUGAGUGCAACCUUUGCCAGUGGGGUUUGUGCUAUGAUAACAAUGCCAUUGGAUACCAUCAAGACUAGAUUGCAAGUUUUGGAUGGAGAAGAAAAUGGCCAGAGACGCCCUCUAACGGCGUUGCAGACCGUAAGGAACUUGGUGAAGGAAGGCGGUCUGAAUGCUUGUUAUAGAGGGCUUGGACCGAGGUGGGCUUCCAUGGCUAUGUCUGCAACCACCAUGAUCACAACCUAUGAGUUUCUCAAACGGCUAUCUGCUAAGAACCAAGAUCGUUUGAGCUGAUCGCUCGAGCAGACGAUGACAGAUAUACAAAGGAUACUUUGCAAGUUACAUGAUUGCCAUUUUCCUGUAUUGCUGGGUAGACUUGGUUCAAGAUCAUACUGAAUAUGGCAUGAAAACUUGUAAUGUUCAUACCUCAUCAAUAAGGCACUUCAUUUUUCCUUUCAUUUCUCUUGUACACACGCUUGUGCUAAUAUAAACUAGUUAUCAAUGAUUUGUAUUAUAUACUUCCAAGAAAUAUAAUCUUCUUCUAGGCCUA